UCACCCUGCAAAACAAAUGGCUUCAACACAGGCCAGUGGACAUUUCGCUGAAAAGUAUCGCCAAAAUUUUUUGGAUUUAUUUCCACUGCUUGUAGAGGAGCUCACAAAGGAAGGACAGGACAGCCAUCAAAUUUUGGAUGCUCUAAAGCAUCUGAAAGAAGUAUUACAAUACAAUGUACCUCAUGGGAAGCUCAAUCGUGGUCUAAUGGUGAUUGGUUCUCUCUGUCAUUUACUUGGACUGGAACUAAUGACGCCCGAACUAGAAAACAAAGCAAUAGCACUUGGGUGGUGCAUUGAAUGGCUUCAAGCAUUCUUUCUGGUAGCUGAUGACAUCAUGGACCAGUCACUGACAAGAAGAGGUCAGCCAUGUUGGUACAAAAAGACUGGCAUCGGACUGGUAGCCAUUAAUGAUUCAUUCCUUAUUGAAGGGACACUCUAUCUCAUUCUAAAGAACCACUUCAAAUCAGAGCCAUACUACAUCAACAUAAUGGAGCUAUUUCAUGAGAUUACCUAUCAAACAGAAAUGGGCCAGUGCCUUGACUUGAUUACAUCUCCUGCUGGGGACAGUGUUGAUCUCAAUAGCUUCACAAUAGAAAGAUAUAACGCUAUUGUGAAGUACAAGACUGCCUUUUAUUCUUUCUAUCUACCAGUGGCAUUAGCCAUGCACAUGGCGGGCAUAUCUGAUGAGCGAUCACACACAGCUGCUAAGAACAUACUACUUGUAAUGGGCGAAUUCUUUCAAAUUCAAGAUGACUAUCUGGAUUGUUAUGGAGAUCCAAAGGUCACAGGAAAGGUUGGGACGGACAUUGAAGAGUCAAAGUGCAGCUGGUUGAUAGUCCAAGCACUUAAGAGAGCAAACGCUGACCAGAGAAAGACUCUUGAAGAAUGCUAUGGUAAAAAUGAUCCCAGCUGUGUCAAGAUUGUGAAAGAAGUUUAUACUGACUUGAAGUUGGAAGAAGUUUAUAGAGAGUAUGAGGAAGAGAGUUACAAGAAGCUUAUGGACACCAUUAAAGAAGAACUGGUCGGAACAAAACUGCCUAGUGGAAUGUUUCAUGAGUUUGCUGAAAGAAUUUACAAGAGAAAGAAAUAGAUUUUUAGCUUGACUGUUAUUUACAGUUACAGUAGAGUUUUUUUAUUUAUUAUUGUUAUUGCUUUAGAUCUCAUUAAUUGUUUGUCAUAGCAACGCCUAAAAC